AUGACGACUAUUUUAGAUGUCCCGGGCACCAACCGCCCAAAUCCCUUCUCCAAGCCAAUCCAAGCCUUUCUAACAACUAGCAACCUUUCAUCAGUGCCAACGCCAGCCGAAACAGCUGCCCAACUUGUCAACUCUGUGACUACGUCGUCCGACCCCGCCCACGCGCUCUGGGAGCUCUGGGACGCCUUUUUUACGGCUGUUGUCGCCUCUCCAACGUCACACGACUCUCUCCUCGCCAUCAUCGACACCCUCCACGCGCAGCCUCCAGCGCAGCUUAACCUACGCGCAAGGUCCAGCCUAGGCAGCUACACCGGGGCCGACGGAAAGCUACACUGGCAGACACUGCCGCUGUUCGGCGCGCAGUGGCACGACGUGCACGAUAUUCUCGAGGCCUGGCGCGACUGGGACGGUGUGCGUUCGGGUGCGGGAGAUAACUCCACUGUUAGUGCGUCAAGUAAUAGCGGCGAUGAGUACUUUCUCCGCUUCUGUGUCUUCUCGGCUGCGCUGCUGAAAGCGACUAAAGGUAAAGGUGAGGUGCAUCCUAUAUGGGUUUUCUAUGCGUGCCGUGACGUGCUAGAGUGCGAGGGACCCCAGCCCCGCCAACCAAAAGCGCAUAGGGUGUCGUCGGAGCAGGUGUGGGCGUUGGAUGUCCGGGUAGCAGCGGUCUGGAUGCGGGAUGGAGGCCGGUCACUAUGGGAGACGGACUAUGAUGAGCUGCGGUGGCACUGGGCGGCGGCGUUAGAUUAUCAGACGGAACUGUGGCCGAGAGAGGAUGGGUUGACGCGAGAGCGUUGGCGAUUGUGGGAGGAGAGGCUGCGGGCUUUAAGCACAGAGGGAAUCUUGGACGAGGAAACUAGGGUUGUGGUUACAGAAGCUGCUGAAGUGGUUAGCGGCAUUUUGGAAGACUCGACCUAG